AUGGCUCCUUGUGACCUCGGACAACUAACUGGUAAUAGCGGGUUUCAUCAAUACACUAACUCAGCCGGCCAGGUUUACUACCUGGACAUGGCUACAAACGCGAUAUGCUACUCUAUACUAUCAGGGUUUGGAGAUAACCCAAACGACACUUGGACCCGUGAUUCCUCCAAGUCAUGGCCACAAGGGAAUAAUGAUAGAACCGGAAGGGCUGUUCUCAUGGAUCCGAACCCUCCCCCUCCUCAGUCGUAUCUCGAUAAUGACAACGUCAAGGCUGGCCUUGAGCUUUUAACGCGGGUGCCAGACUCAAAAGAGCAUCUCUAUCGAAGAUCCAUGGGCAGCAUCCUUCGUUUCAUGUUCCCCGAAAGGGAAGGAUUUGAUGUCGUCCAGGAGACCGAGGGUGACAAUAGUCGUCCGGACUUUUCUACACUCAAGGUUUCUCAGAGACCUGGCGGAACUCUGUAUCAAUAUGACUUCAUGCUCACUGAGAGCAAGAAGAUGGGACAGCCGUGGGGGGCCACCGAAGACCAGCUUCAGGAUCAUCUUGCUGGGAAUGGGAACGAGUCGAAGAAUUGCUAUGGAAGGAUUCAAAUUGGGUUACUGGCGCAAUUCUACAAGUAUGAAGGCGGUAUAUGCAGCAAGGUUGGAGGCUAG